UUGUUUUAUGAUUUUUAUCAUUUGAAAGUCAUUUGUUGCAAUGGCAGCUUCGCCAUGUGCGGCCUUGCCGCCUGGCGCCACACGCAUUGCAACAUCAAAGACCCCGCUUGUUGCGGUGACACGGGUGACGGUGCCUUCAGUGACAACAUGGCAAAACGCUGUGUUCAAGCACUGGGUAUGGUUAGCACCCGCACUUGCUGUCCCAGGCCUCCGGGUUCAUCGGCAUCGGGGCAGACGGGGCAGACUGCUACGCCGGACACGGCGGCGCGGAAGCCAAUGGACUGAGGUGGCCGGUUGUCCAGUGUAUUUUCCAGAGGCCGAGCCGCCUUGCUGUUUGGUGCACUUUGUGGGUGGUGCCAUCAGCGGCUCCCUCCCCCGCACUUCGUACAGCAGAUUCCUUGAAGCCAUCGCAGAAGAGACAGGUGCCGUGGUGGUUGCUACGCCUUUGAACUCCAGCUUCGACCACGACCUUGCUGCCAAAGAAGCAGCAGAACACAUGGACAAUGUCCUACUUUCUUUGCAAAGACAAGGCCUUCGGCGCUUGGCCACGGCGCCAAUCUGGUCCUGUGGCCAUGGCACCGGUGCCGUGGUGCAGCUCCUGGUGGCGACCCGCCAUCGCCGGGCAGGUUUGGUUCUUCUGGGAUUGACGCCUGCACGCAGCCUGCCUUUGCCAAACUUACCGAAGCCUCUGGCGAGACUGCUGAGUGGAGGGCUAAAGCGCAUCUCUAAGAAGCAGCUGAAGCAAGGCGGCCGUUUUGCUGAAGCCUUGCUCCGUGGUGUGGCAGAACUGAACUCAUCUGCUGCAGAGAUGGAGACGACAAGUCCAACAUGGCCCAAGCUGUUGAAGGCAUUGGAGUCCUCGCCGCGUGGCGAGGUGUCCAACUUCCCUGCACAGGUUUUCCCUGGCAUCCUUUCGCUAGCUGAAAAUGUCCGGAACUUCACCCCAAGCCGGGAGGAACUGGCAGAACAGAUCCGUGCUGCCGCAGCCCUGCCAAAGCGGCUGCUGCUAGUGGAAUUCAGCAAUGACCCGCAGGACGAUUCAGCUUGGCUCUUGUCGGUGCUGGGCUGCCAACAAAAGGAACCCCCACAGGACGCUUGGGAUCCUCUAGAUGCCAUUGAAGCGGAGUUGGAGAAGGAGCUGGCCAAGAGCCUCGAGGAAGCCUGGGAGGAGUCCGACGAGGAGCAAGAGGAGGACGAGGAGGACGAGGAGGACGAGGAGAUUUCUGAAGCCCGGAAGCAGCUGGAAGCUGAAUGGGAGGCCGACGAUGGUAUUCAGGAGUGGGAAGAAGAUCAAGAGCAACCGCGAACAGUGGAGUUGAUUAGAUUGAAGGGUGAUUCCUGGAUACCCUUGGAUUUUCAGGAUGACUUGGAUCAGAUUCCAGGGGCCGUGGCACGGUUCCUGCGCCGGGAGGCACCGCCCCAAAGCGGCGGAGCGGCGCUUCGCGUGGCAGGAGCAUUCGCGCUGAAGGCACACCUGCUCCGCUUGACUGCGGGCACCAACCGUGGCUUUGGGCCAUUGUCCUUCAAGCUUCGGGGCGACAUCUUGGCAAGCAUUGCUGAGUUGGAAAAAAUGUCAGAUGGAUCGCUGCCAGUCGAUGGCACAGUUUCAGAGAAGCUCUUCGGGAGAUGGCGUUUGAUGUGGUGUACCGCGCCAGCUGUUCUUCUAUUGGGUGCAAUGCCCUUUGUAGACUGCGGGGAGAUCGAGCAGAAGUUCACGAAAUCAGGUGACUCCCAACAGGAGCUGGAGCUCAUCACUUGUGCCCGUUUGGCGCCUGUGGGUUCGGCUCUUGUGCCAUGGCUGGUGCCUGAAACACAGGUACGGUUGCGGGCCAAGGUGGAGGUGAUUUCUUCCAGGCGUUUCCUACUUCAUUUUCGCUCGCUUGACCAAUUGCUUUUGCCAACGAGGAACGAGAAUCUCAACAUCACUUUCCUCGAUGACGAGAUAAUGAUUGCACGAUCUGGCGAUGGAGCGGUUUUCUUGUGGCUUCGAGCAUGAAAAAUCCUGCUGGCCACGGACAUGGUAGUUAGGUCAACAGUUACAUCGAGAGGAGAAACACAAUCGGAUCCGUUUGAAGAUCAUUGCGAUCCUUAGUGACGCAUCGUGACCCAAAACCUUUAGUAGCAGCUCGUCAUUCAGCCAAAGCGCUGGAAAGCCCACAGAGUUCCAAAA